AUGUUUAUAACGGAUAUAUGCCAAGCUAUGACGAUAGCAUGUAUUUUUUCAGAAUUUUCGGUUGCACUGCCAACAUCUAUUCAAUAUACCUCAUUUGAUAAUACAAUUGAAUUAUAUCCAACGUAUUCUCAACAAAAUAUAUAUAGGCAAGAUCAAAAGAAUUUUGAUAAUAUUAACGUUAAUUCUUACCCAAAUACUACAGAUUUCGCCUCAACACCUCGAUUUUUUUCUGUUGAGGAAUCUUUAACAGGUGUAGGAAAUAAUAACCUUUUCGAUACCAAUUAUUAUUAUCCUACGGAAUUCUAUGGAUUAUAA